AUGAUAGGUGUUGUUGUUUCAUCAUGGGUAGGCAUGCUCAAUAUUGUUCGACACCAUUUAAAACAAUAUCAUAUACGUUCUCUAACAAUUAGUGGUGAAAUUAAAAUUAGUGAUCGACAAGCAAUUGUACAAGCAUUUAAUAGUGAUGAAAAGAAAUACAUGAUUCUACUUUUAUCAUUGAAAGCUGGUGGUGAAGGUCUCAAUCUUGUUGGUGGUAAUCAUCUUUUCUUAUGUGAAUUAUCUUAUAAUCCACAAAAUGAACAACAAGCAUGUGAUCGAAUAUAUCGAAUUGGUCAGCAAAGAGAUGUACAUAUUUAUCGAUUAAUGAUAAAAAAUACAAUUGAAGAACGAAUUAGUAAUUUACAAGAACGAAAACUUAAAUUGGCCGGCGAUGUUUUAGCUGGUUGUGUAGACAGAUUUAGUCUUAAAUUAGAAGAUAUUGCUUAUUUAUGCUCAUAA